AUGGCACCAAGAUACAGCCGUGCUAAGGGCAAGGUUCUUCCUGUUGUAAUAGAUAUCACGCUCAACCUCCCCCAUGAAACUCAUGUUGUUCUCAAGGGGAUAUCAACUGAUAAAAUAAUUGACGUUCGUCGGCUUCUAUCAGUGAAUAUAGAGACUUGUCAUACCACCAAUUUUUCCCUAUUGCAUGAGGUGAGAGGGCCGCAGUUGAAGGAUACGGUGGACGUGUUCGCACUGAAGCCAUGCGUCCUCACUUUAAUAGAAGAGGAUUAUGACGAAGAUGGAGCAGUGGCCCACGUCAGAUGGCUACUGGACAUCGUGGCCUGCACGACGUACUUCGGCCACGCGUCGGCGGGGACGAAUGCAAAAUCUCAGGCGCCGCCGUCCGCGACGGCAGCGGUUGACGGAGACAGUGAGAUAAGCCACUCAUGCCCUAGGCUGGGGAGCUUCUACGAGUUUUUCUCUCUUUCACAUCUCAUUCCUCCUUUGCAAUAUAUCAAGAAAACAGUGAGACGGCGAGUUCCGGAGAUAUCAGAGGCGGAUCAUCACUUCUCCUUUGAUGUGAAGUUAUGUAACGGGAAAGUGGUGCACGUUGAAGCUUGCAGAAAGGGAUUUUACAGUAUUGGAAAGCAGAAGAUAUUUAGUCAUAACCUUGUUGAUUUGUUAAGACGGCUUAGUAGAGCUUUUGAUACUGCUUAUGAUGAUCUAUUGAAAGCAUUUUCAGAACGUAACAAGUUUGGGAAUCCCCCUUAUGGCUUCAGAGCCAACACAUGGCUUGUUCCUCCUGCAACGGCGCAAUCACCAUCAGUUUUCUUUCCCCUUCCUGUGGAGGAUGAAAAUUGGGGAGGAAAUAGUGGCGGUCUAGGAAGGGAUGGGAAGUUUGAUUUGAUUCCUUGGGCCAAUGAGUUUUCGUUUAUUGCAUCUAUGCCUUGUAAAACAGCAGAAGAAAGGCAAAUUCGUGAUAGAAAAGCAUUCCUUCUCCACACCUUAUUCGUUGAUGUUGCCAUUUUGAGAGCUAUUAGGGCUGUUAAACAUGUAAUGGGAGAGUCACAUUUAUGCAGCUCUGUUACAGAAAAUAAUAUUCUUUACACCGACAGAGUAGGUGACUUGACUAUCAGAGUCUUGAAAGAUACUUCUGUUGCUAGCUGUAAGGUUGAUUCGAAAAUUGAUGGAGUUGAAAUUACUGGAAUAAAUAAAAAGGAUCUAAUAGAGCGAAAUCUACUGAAAGGAAUUACUGCGGAUGAGAAUACUGCUGCCCACGACAUUACCACGUUAGGUGUUGUUGUUGUAAGAUAUUGUGGUUAUGUGGUUUCUGUGAAAGUUGACAGGGGAGAAAAUGAAAAUAACAACUCUUCAUCUUAUCAAAGUAUUGAAUUGUUUGAUCAGUCAGACGGUGGUGCCAAUGCACUCAACAUUAAUAGUUUGAGACUACUUCUCAACUCAGCACAGUCGGAGAAGAAUAGACUCACUCAGAUGCAAAUGCCUGAGAGUGAAGAGCUUGAAGUUUCUCAAGCUUUUGUGGAGAGGCUUAUUGAAGAAAGCCUUUCUAAGCUCGAAGAAGAGGAACCUAGUUUGGACAAUUUCAUAAGAUGGGAACUGGGAGCAUGCUGGAUACAACAUUUGCAAGACCACAACAAUAUUGAAAAGGAUAAAAAACCAUUGUUGGAUAAGGCUAAGAAUGAAAUGAAAGUUGAGGGGCUAGGGAAACCCUUUAAAGCCCUAAAGAAUAAUAAAAAUAAAUCUGAUCUAAGUAGUGUGAAACUGUCAUCUGAAAAUUCCAAAUCUCAUCAGGCAUGUGUUUAUGGAGAGCCUGAAAGUGCUUCAGUGCCCUCAGUAGAAUCAAAACAUGAAACAGCUACAGCAGAAAAUGAGCUUGUGCUAAAGGGUUUGUUAUCUGGAGCAGCUUUUACCCGGUUAAAAGAUUCAGGAACUGGACUUCAUUGCAAGGUAGCAGAUUUUGGCUCGUUGGAACUCUCUCCUGUUGAUGGACGCACGUUAACUGAUUUUAUGCAUACUAGGGGUCUACGAAUGCGAUCUCUUGGACAUGUUGUCAAACUUUCCGAAAAAUUCUCACAUGUACAAUCACUUUGUAUUAUUGAGAUGAUAGUUCGAGCUUUCAAGCACAUCCUGCAGGCAGUGAUUGCUGUUAUUGACAAGGAGAAAAUGGCUACAUCCAUUGCUGCUGCAUUGAAUUUGCUGCUUGGUGUUCCUGAAAAUAGAGAAUCAGAUAAGUCAUGCAAAAUCCACCCCCUUGUAUGGAAAUGGCUAGAGGUAUUUUUGAGGAAGAGAUUCGAUUGGGAUCUUAGCAGCUUGAAUUACAGUGAUGUGAGGAAGUUUGCAAUUUUGCGUGGCUUAUGUCAUAAGGUACUGGAAGUUGGCAUUGAGAUUGUUCCAAGGGAUCUUGAUAUGGAUUCUCCAAUUCCCUUCCACAAAUCUGAUAUUGUCAGCUUGGUCCCAGUUCACAAGCAAGCAGCAUACUCAUCCGCAGAUGGAAGGCAGCUCUUAGAGUCAUCAAAAACAGCUUUAGACAAGGGAAAGCUAGAAGAUGCAGUCACCUAUGGAACAAAGGCUCUUUCCAGGCUUGUAGCAGUUUGUGGCCCCUAUAAUCGGAUGACAGCAGGAGCAUACAGCUUACUUGCUGUAGUCUUAUAUCACACGGGAGACUUCAAUCAGGCUACAAUUUAUCAACAAAAAGCUCUGGAUAUUAAUGAGAGAGAGCUGGGUCUGGAUCAUCCAGAUACUAUGAAGAGUUAUGGGGAUCUUGCUGUUUUCUACUACAGACUGCAACACACAGAGCUGGCUCUGAAGUAUGUAAAGCGUGCUUUAUAUCUUCUGCAUCUAACAUGUGGCCCAUCUCAUCCAAACACUGCCGCAACAUACAUUAACGUGGCUAUGAUGGAGGAAGGUCUUGGAAAUGUACAUGUUGCUCUUAGAUAUCUUCACAAAGCUCUAAAGUGCAACCAAAGAUUACUUGGUCCAGAUCAUAUCCAGACGGCUGCAAGUUAUCAUGCAAUAGCAAUAGCUCUCUCAUUGAUGGAAGGAUAUCCUUUGAGUGUGCAGCAUGAGCAAACAACAUUGCAAAUUCUACGGGCAAAACUUGGCCCAGAUGACUUGCGAACUCAGGAUGCUGCUGCUUGGCUUGAGUAUUUUGAGUCCAAGGCUUUUGAACAGCAAGAAGCUGCGGGAAAUGGUACUCAAAAGCCAGAUACAUCAAUCGCUAGCAAAGGCCACCUAAGUGUGUCAGAUUUGCUUGACUACAUUAGUCCAAGUCACGAUCCCAAAGGGAGAGAUAUUGCAGUAAGGAGAAGAAGUCAGAUAACUAAGAUGAGGAUGGAAUCUUGCCAGAACAUUGGCUCCACAAGUUCUGACGAAUCAUGGAAAGAAACUCCAAGAGAGACUUCUGGUGAAGUAAUAGUAAUACCUGGGCCAAGUGUUGAUGUUGAUACUGAGCUGGAGACCAACUCAGCACCGGAUUCCGAACAGCGCAUUUUAGAAAAGACUUCUCAUGGAAAACAAGUUUCUGUUGAGCUCUUGUCUGAAGCACAUGCUGAUGGUGAGGAUGGAUGGCAACCAGUUCAACGGCCAAGAUCAUCUGGUUCAUAUGGUCAGCGACUGAAGCAGAGACGAGCAACAAUUGGCAAAGCUUAUUAUCAGAAAAAGAAUGUGGAAUCUAGCGUAGACUAUCCUUAUGCGAAGAGUAGUGAUCAGAACAGUAGAUAUUAUAUUUUCAAGAAAAGAACAAUAUCCCAUGGGGUUUACGCAGAUGAUAAUACUGUAAACAUGUCCCAAGUUACUAAAUUUGGAAGGAAAGUGGUGAAAGCUGUUACAUACAGGGUGAAGUCCAUGUCUGCAUCUGAGAAGAUUACUGUGAGGGAUCCGUCAGAAAUUGGUGACAGACUAAUCAAUUCUUAUUCACAACAUGGUUCAGUUUCAGCACCGAAUGAUAAUGGUACCGUAAAGACUUCUAUAGUUAGUAUUGGGAAAUCUCCUUCAUACAAAGAAGUGGCAGUGGCUCCUCCUGGGACAAUAUCCAAGUUGCAAGUCUAUAAUACUCAAAGUGACAUUCUUGGUUUUGGCGUGGGCAAACAUGAAGAGGAAGAUUUUAAAGUACGUGCAAAUUCCAACCCAACCCUGGAAGAGGUAAAAAAUACGUUAAAAGAGAAGGACAAAAAUUCUUUGUCAAAUUCUUUACAUGGUUCAAAUCAUACUAAUGACUCUGAGAGGAAACAAACACAGUUUACUGAUUCUGUACAAGACAAUUUGGAGAGUGAUAAAAGGGUUGAAUCUGUGGAUGUUGAGGUUCAUGAAGCAGUUGAUAAUAUCAUCAUGAUUGAUGCAGUGGAUGAUCCUGUGGAUUCUCACAAUUUAGAGGUUAACACUAGCAACACUGGUUGUUUUGAAUUCUCUAAUCAUAGUACUACCAUCUCACAAGAAGGUGAAGAGUUAAGAGUCAGUGUUUCUCCAUCAAGUCAGGUUGAUUCCCCGGGCAUCUCAUGUAAGAAGUUAUCUGCAUCUGCUGCUCCAUUCAAUCCAGCUCCAGGCAUUGCACGUACUGCCCCCGUUACCGUGAAUACAGCACUUCCUUCUGCUUCUGGUGCUGUUCCACAAAUUGGCCCCCCCUGGCCAGUAAAUAUGAAUGUUCUCCAUGGACCUGCUACCAUGUUACCUGCAGCUACCCAAAUGUGUUCCUCUCCUCACCAUGCAUACCCAUCACCUCCACCAAAACCAAACAUGAUACAACCAUUGCCAUUUAUGUAUCCUCCUUAUACUCAGCCUCGAUCAAUACCAACCAACAAUUUUCCAGUUACUAGCAGCGCAUUUCAUGUCAAUCAGUUCACAUGGCAAUGCAAUAUGAACCCAACUGUAUCUAAUUUUGGUCCCAAUGUGGUAUGGCCUGGUUGUCAUGCCGUGGAAUUUCCUGUUCCAGCACCUAGCAUCAAACCAAUCUCUGAUCCCAUUUUGGAGCCACAAAGACAGUGUCAUGUUUCAAAAAAUUCAAGUUCAGCUUUUGUUUUACCAGAUGGCAUUACUAAUGUCAGUGGAUACAAGAAAGAGUUGCAACCUUUAGAAUCAGAGACUAAUGAGGAUGAAGUGGGUGGAGUUCACACAGAAAGUGUAAAGGAAAAUGGAAAUCCUAAUUUUAACGGGUUUGAAAAUGCUGGGGACAAACCCAAUAAUAACAUUGGCUUGAAUAACAUUAGCAGAAGUGAAAAGAACAUUGAUGGUGAGAAAACCUUGAGCAUUUUGAUUAGGGGAAGAAGAAACCGGAAGCAGACACUAAGAAUGCCAAUAAGUUUGCUAACUAGACCCAAUAGCUCACAGUCUUUUAAGGUUGUUUAUAACCGUGUAGUCAGAGGAAGUGAUGUACCCAAGUCCAUUAACUUGUCUUCUAGAAGAGAUUGUACAGCUACUGCUUAA